AUGUCCGCCACCACAGAAAUCAAGGGCUUCCAUAUUCUCAAAGUUAGACUACCGGAAAGCGCCGGCAAGCACCAUGUCUAUUUCAGAAAACACGAGGCCAAACCAGCGCAGGAUCCUCACAACAUCAGCGGAAGACUGUUGUUCAUGUUCAAUCUUCCCAUCGAGACCAACAUGCCUCUUUUAAAAAAAUACUUCCAGCAGGUUGCUAUUGGUGCCACCGUGGAGAAGUACAUCCCCAGCAUUUUGACCAACUCGAGGGAAGAGGCGUACUUUGAUCUCACUAAGCUCACCAGUGACUUGGACUAUAAAAGCGACAGCAUCGAACAGGAUGUGGGACUGAAGCUUCCCAAGAACUGUGGUAUCGUCACCUUCAUCGACAAAGCGUCUUUGCAGCUCGCCUUCAACUCGUUGAAGAAGUGCUCUUCCGAUAAGAAAACCACCAACUGGCCAAUGCCCACACUUGGCUCGCAAUAUCUAUUAUCUGUGCUCAAGGCUCAAGUUUACGACAAUGCAACAUUGUCCAAAUCUGUAUCGAGUGCGCUCGCAGACUUCAACCGUGCCGAGCAGGAAUCUCGCGAUGAGAUCAAGAACCAGACCGAGAUCGUCGAUGAAGAUGGAUUCACUCUCGUGGUGGGCUCGCACAGAAAGACCAAGGCGGGUAUCUUGGGCCGCCAGAAAUUCGCACAAACCGUAGGCCUGGAGAACGCCAAGCAGAAGAUCAAGAAGAAGGAGAAGGAGGACUUCUACCGAUUCCAGCUCAGAGAACGUAAAAAGGCAGAGAUGAACGACUUGUUGCGUAAAUUCAAGCAGGACCAAGAGAGAAUCCGCACGAUGCGUGAAAAGAAGCGGUUCCGUCCAUACUAG